GUUAAGACAACGAUUGUUUUAAAUGUAAUUAAUUAUGUAUAUUAUACUAAAUCUUGCAGAUAUUUAUUAAAGGGGUCAAAAAUCUGUGUUGAAACCGCAAUAAAAACGAAAUAUUUUAUGAUUGAUCAAGAUUCACAGCAUUGCUAAGUAUCCACAGAAAUUUCUUAUUAACUUAGGUAAAAUUCCAGUUAUCAACACCAAUAAUAAUAUCCAUUUUGAUAUAUUUUCAAUAUAUUAACAUAAAGUCAUACAUCGAAUUAUGGACGAUUUAGUUACUGUAAAUUUCAAUGAAAUACAAUCGGAUGAAGAGCUUGGAAGAGGUAGCUAUGGUGUUGUCCAAAAAGCAUCGUGGAAAACUGAGUUAGAAGUGAGACAAAUUGCUGUGAAAAUAAUUGAAGAUAAACAAACCGAGAAUAUUAAUUUCGAAAAAGAUAUUCACCGAAAAAUCCAGAAUCUACUAAAAUGUAUCCAUCCCAAUAUCAUAACGUUGUAUGGAGUCUCUAAAAACACCAAGAAUAACAUUUGUUUACUGUUUGAAUAUGCGGAUUGCGGAUCUCUCUACGAUUUACUGCAUCGCAAGAACUUUGAAGUUUCAUUCAACGGGAAUCUUGAUUGGAUGCUAUAAUGUGCCAAGGUAUUAUGUUAAAUGUUCUUUUAUUUUCCUUAAUACAUUGUCUUUUUAGGGAAUAGACUACUUGCAUA